CUACCUGCGUGGCGCCGCCGGCGGUACCCUGCACAGCCUGCUAGAAACUGAGAGCCCGGGUGGUGACAGCUCUGGGCAUCGCCCCUGGGUCCUCGGGAAGAGGGGACAGAAGGUCCCGAGUCUCCCAGGCCACACGAAGCAAGUCACUGCUCUUCCUGGCCUCAGUUUACUCCUCCUGAUAAAGGAGGCCAUAAUAGUGCCUCACCUGGCUGUUGGGCUCUUUCUCUUUAGGGCAAGGCGGGUUGGAGGGGAAAAUAGGACCUGUGCUUACCGCCGGAGCAGGGCGAGAGUGAUUCUGGGCCAGUUCUGAACCUCUCUGAGAUUCGGAGAUCUCUUGCCAGUGGGGCUCCUGGACAACUGAGUGGGUUGAUUGAUGCGCGGCCCAGCAAGCAGUAGUGCUCGAGGCAGGGAGCGUGUUUAUCAAGAGGGAUAAACUUGAUACGAACUCUGUACGAAGGAAGGUGUAGGUGGAUGGAGGGGUGUGUGCUGCCACUGAACACAAGAACCCCACGGGGUGGCCUGCCAAAGUUCAAAACGAGGGAGACAGGUUGAUCUGGACCCAGGAACUACAGUGCUGAAUCCUAAACUGGGGAAAGAUGAGACCUAGAAGAGGGAGGUGGUAACCUAACUGGAGGGUGAGGAGGGAAAGAGCCUGCCACAGAUGGGGUAUCUGUAGGGGUGCUGUUGAAUAACUGAGAGCAGCUGACUUAAGCCCGAAGUGGGUACUUCUCCCUGGGCAGAUGGGAGGUCUGGGACAGGCUCCUCUGGCAGAAGGGCUCCUGGCCACCCUGUCCUAAGGUGGGUCAGUCACUUCCUCCUUCACCAGUUCUACAGCAUCUUACUAUGAGCUUGGCAUUCGAGGCUUCUCUUGGCAGGGCCCUGCACUCCUAGCCUCUCCUUGCACAUUGCACCCCCAUUCCAGAGAGGUUUAGUUAAAGGCGGGGGUUACCAAGUCAGUCAGAUCUUGGGCAAGUCACCACUCCUCCAGAGCCUCAGUUUCCUUAUCUGGAAAGUGGAGGUCAUGGCAACCCGCCAACCUGGUUGGAUGGGAGCCUGAGCUGUUGUGUUGCACCUCGCCUGGGGCCCACGACUUUGUAGCUCCUGUCCUGCACUGGGCUUAUGUUUUCAUUCAUUCCAGAAACCUUUUCAGAGAGUCCCUUUGGGGAGUGUGGGGGACAGGAGGGAAAGAAACCUGGUCCUUGUAGCCGUUCGUCUGCUCCCUGCCCUGGGCAGAGGACAUGGGGACUCAGGCCAGCCUGAGAUCACUGGGACCAGAGGAGGGGCUGGAGGAUACUACAUGCAGGGGUGGGCUGGGCUGGGCUGGGCUGGGCCAGGAAUGCAGCGGGGCAGGGCUAUUUAAGUCAAGGGCCGGCUGGCAACCCCAGCAAGCUGUCCUGUGAGCCGCCAGCAUGGAUGACAUCUACAAGGCUGCGGUAGAGCAGCUGACAGAAGAGCAGAAAAAUGAGUUCAAGGCAGCCUUCGACAUCUUCGUGCUGGGCGCUGAGGAUGGCUGCAUCAGCACCAAGGAGCUGGGCAAGGUGAUGAGGAUGCUGGGCCAGAACCCCACCCCUGAGGAGCUGCAGGAGAUGAUCGAUGAGGUGGAUGAGGACGGCAGCGGCACGGUGGACUUUGAUGAGUUCCUGGUCAUGAUGGUUCGGUGCAUGAAGGACGACAGCAAAGGGAAAUCUGAGGAGGAGCUGUCUGACCUCUUCCGCAUGUUUGACAAAAACGCUGAUGGCUACAUCGACCUGGAUGAGCUGAAGAUAAUGCUGCAGGCUACAGGCGAGACCAUCACGGAGGAUGACAUCGAGGAGCUCAUGAAGGACGGAGACAAGAACAACGAUGGCCGCAUCGACUAUGAUGAGUUCCUGGAGUUCAUGAAGGGUGUGGAGUAGAUGCUGACCUUCACCCAGAGCUGCCCAUGCCCAGCCUCCAACUCCAGCUGAGUCCUGGGGUUGGGGAGGGGGUCGGGGUCCCAGGACCUGAGCCUGGCCAUGUCCUCAACCCCAAAUCCCCCGACUCCCUCCCCAGAUCUGUCCUGGGGGAUGCAAAUAAAGCCUGCUCUCCCAA